AUCCUCCUCCCCUUCAUCGAUUAUUUAACAAGUUGUCGAGGCAGCGAAGGGCGUCUAAAGGGACCUGAAGAAGAAAACACAUCAUAACUUCCAACUAUUCAUCGCCAGUAAUGUAGGCUGGCUGUGAAGUUGCGGGAGAAGAACGGAAGCGCGUGCCGGGGGUCCUGGAGCUUUUAAGAAAGCGCGCAACAGGAAACUUCAGACGAUCCGCUCGCCUUCUGACAUAAUGGACUGGCUUUGCUAGCUCGUGCGCAUCUCCGCUGUUAGACUUCUAUUCAUUGUCACUUAACAAAUGAGUAAUUCUACAUGGCCAUGUGACAUGGCCUGACAUGCCCACCGAGCUCCUCUUACCUUUAAAUUUUUCCCAUCGAUUGCAUGGAGUGAAGAAUUGCAUGCUAGCUAUUUUUCUGAUUAUUGAUUAUUUUAUUUUGCAUCACGCGACACCUGAGCUUAUUUUUUUUCCAUGUGAAAUGGUGCAUGAAUAGUCACCUUGUCACAGGGAGUCAUUAUGACCGUGGAGGCGACACUUCUCGCCGCCAGGCAAGGCGAAAUAGAGACUCUGAAAGUGCAAUUAGAGGGAAAAGUGCUCAAUAGUGAUGUAAAGGACUCGCUUGGAGCGACGCCCGUGCAUCACGCGGCGCGCGCUGGCAAGCUCAAGUGCCUCCAGUUCCUGGUGGAAGAAGCGGGUUUACCGGGCAACAGCCUGGCUCAUAACGGCGCGAGCCCCGCUCAUGACGCAGCCGCCACCGGCAACCUGGCGUGCCUGCAGUGGCUCCUGACUCAGGGAGGCUGCCGCGCUUCGGAUAAAGACAACUCAGGAGCCACCAUCCUGCACCUGGCUUCACGCUUCAGCCAUCAUGAGGUCACAGACUGGUUACUAAAGAGUGGAGAAGGGGAUCCCAGCGUUGCCAUGGACACAGGCGCUGUGCCUGUUCACUACGCUGCUGCUAAAGGCGACUUGGCCAUGCUCAGGCUGCUGUUGGGACACAGCCCAAAUGUUGUCAACUUCCAAACCAAGAACGGUGCCACACCUCUGUAUCUUGCAUGUCAGGAAGGCCAUCUAGAGGCUGUCCAGUACCUGGUGAAGGACUGUGGCGCAGAGCCAACUAUUAGAGCCAGUGAUGGAAUGACGCCUCUGCAUGCUGCCGCCCAGAUGGGACAUAACACUGUCAUUGUUUGGCUGAUGAGCUUUACAAACAUCAGCCUGUCUGACCGAGACAACAACGGUGCCACUGCUAUGCACUUUUCUGCCAGCCGAGGCCAUGCCAAGGUUCUCAGCUGGCUCCUCCUCCACGGUGGUGAAAUCGUGACAGACAGCUGGGGUGGGACACCUCUCCAUGAUGCAGCUGAGAAUGGAGAGCUAGAGUGCUGUCAGAUUCUGGUGGUGAAUGGAGUGGAUCUGGGUAUUCGGGACCAGGACGGCUUUACUGCGGCAGAUCUGGCUGAAUACAACGGACAUGAGCAGUGUGCCAAGUACCUCCGUACAGUCGAAAAUAUGAGCGUGGAACAUCGUGUCUUGUCGCGGGAUCCGUCAGCAGAUCUGGAGUAUAAGCAACCUGACUCAGGCCACUCAUCUCCAAAUGCCACGUUAAACACGGCAGCCCGUUUCGAUAUGGGCUCUCCAUCCAGCUCACUAUCCAACUACGACUCGUCCAACUCCAGUCAGUCCAGCACGGGGGAGAAGAAGAGCAGCUCGGCACCAUUACGCGUAACAGGGAGCCCUGAGACAGCCAUCACUGACAUGCAGACCUAUAUGGACAUGCUGAACCCUGACGUCACUGUUGGGGACCAGAACAAAAAGGGGUCAUCACAACCUCCGCCUCCUCCCACUUUCCCCCCACCUCCUCCACCUGGCUCUUCACAAAUCCCUCCACCUCCACCCACUUACCCUGCACCAAAUCUGCCCGCGGAGGAGUCUGCUGAGUUUCUGAAGGUGAAGAGCAACCUGCGUCAUGUGGACAGUUUCACAGUGACAAAAGAGUUGUCAGGAGGGGAGAACCCAGACAGACUACGGCGGGUGGACUCCAACAGGAAGUCACGAAGCUUCAGUAAGCAGCCCAGCACUGGAGACUAUUACAAGUCCCUGGGCAACGACAUCACGGACGGGCAACCCAGGACAGACAUGGCACCGAAUGAGGAGGGUUCAGUGCUGUUGGAGGAACCGGCUGACGCCUCCCCUGUAGUGGAGAAUGGGACGGGAGAGAGCGAGGAGCCUCCCGCACCUCCUCCUGCACCUCCUCUGCCUCCUGCACAGACUCCACCUCCAGCACCCCCCCUGCCUUCUGAGGCUCCCACACCUCCCCAGAGCACCAACGCUCCUCCAGCGGCUUCCAGCCAGCGCCGCAUGUCCUCCUCCUCCAGCAGCACUAAAUCCUUCAACAUGAUGUCUCCUACUGGUGAUAACUCCGAGCUUCUGGCUGAAAUUAAAGCCGGGAAGAGCCUGAAGCCCACGCCUCACAGUAAAGGCUACACGACCAUCUACUCCAGCAGUGGCUCUACAGCGAAUAAUGGAGAAAGUCCAGCAUCGCCACCUCAGUCCCAAUCCCAACCCCAGUCUGAACCCCAAACUGAGCCCCAAUCUCAGCCCCAACCUCAGUCGCAGCCACAGCCUCAGUCGAAUGCAGUCCAAUCGACAAAACCCAUAUCUGCUCCCACUUCCCCAUCUACAUCCACGGUUCCUUCGGUUCGUGGCAGUUCUCCCCGGAACCUGAGCACAUCACAGAGCUACGAUCAGCUACCUGUGGUCAAUGGCAACAGUGCUUCGGGUCAGACACGCAAGUCCAGCGUGGUGGAUAUAGAGGCCCUGGUGCCCACCCAUGACGAACAAGGCAGAGCCAUUCCUGAAUGGAAGAGGCAGGUGAUGGUGAGGAAAUUGCAAGUGAAGAUGCAGGAGGAAGAGGAAAGCAAGAGAAAGGCUGAGGAGGAGGAGGCCCGGCUUGCAUCCAUGCCUGCUUGGAGAAGAGACAUCAUGAAGAAAAAACUGGAUGAAGAGAAGGAACAGAAAAGGAAAGAAGAAGAGCGGUUGAAGAUGGAGAAGGAGAACGAAGAGAAGAUGGAGCUGGAGCGGCUGCGUACAUUAGGCUAUGAUGAGACCAAGCUGGCGCCGUGGCAGCGGCAGGUCAUUUUAAGGAAAGGCGACAUAGCCAAACAGUAGUUUGUCCCCACUCUGCUUCCAUCACCUGUAGGACACCGCAUUACCCACAGUCCACCAGGUCCGUUCUGCAUACUGAGUGGCUCAGCACAGAGCAUGGCUGUUUGAAUCCAUCCAGCUGCAGAUUUGUACUGUUCAGGACUGUUAACGAAUCCAUAGUACAUUGUGAUAAGAAUUAUGUGUGAUUAUAAAAGCCUAUAAUUCAUUAGCGGUUCUCUAUUUGUGCACCUGUAGAUUUAUUUUAAAAAAAAAAAACAUUGUCAACAUGCCAGCAAUAAUAUUACAAAUACAUACAUCAUUUCAAUGCAACUAAUUUCCUUACAUUUCCAUAUUUAAAAAUCUUCAAAGUAUUUUCAUGUCUAGAAAGAGCAAUUAUUCUGUACAAACGUUUUAAUUUUUUUAACCAGCCAAUCGUUCUAAAGGAAAUUUGAAUACAGCAUACUAGUUAAACAGAUGCUGACAUCGAACUACAUAUAAGUGCACUGAAAUAAUGAUUUAACAACUACUUUUGGCAUAUGAGAAAAAGAUAUAUUAAUUGACAAUAAUGUUCACUACAUUAACCUUGUGCAUGUGUUUUAGUUUAUAUAUUUAGCAAUCAACCAAUUGAUUAAUAGGAUUCUUCAUUGAUAUAAUUCAUUUUAUUUGUUUUUUUUUUAACACAGUCAUGAAAAUGUGAAAUUGUCCACACCUGUCUAUAAUAAUAGAAGCAACCAUAAGAUGCAUAUUUGUAUUUCCAUAAAGACCAGAACAUGGAAGAUGCCGCUGUCUUUAAUGCUAUACUGUGCAAUACAUUACACACAUUCUGUCCAAAAACCAUGCAUGUCCUUUACUAAGAUUUACAAACCACAGAGUUUACUCUAGGGGAAGAAUAUUUGUGGUUGUUUGUUUGAACACAUGGGCAGAUUAUAUGGAUAUGUUUAUAUUUUAUUCUAUUGCUACUGCAUAUUCAUUUUUGGUCUUGUGACUGACAUGGAUGAUUAUGUUGAGGGUGUACAUCCAUUUUUAUCAGCACACUUUUCCCUCACUACAUCUUCUCAUAACAGUACACAUAGGGUACCUGGACCUUGGAAAAGUGCCGGACGUGUCUUUCUGAAUGUCUGUGUAUAUAUGUGGUGUCUGUUCUGUGUCACAAAAUGUGUGAUAGUUAAAUGUGAUGUAUUUAGAGUGUACAUUUUUUUGCAAGUGUAAAAAAAAUAUUGUGAUUCUCAUUCAAAUAUGUGCAAUGCAUGCAAUAUUUGGUUUAACUUCAUUUGAUGCCAUAUUGAUGUUUAAAAACAAAGCUAUACACAAAAGCAAUUGCCAUUAGAAGAUUUUCUAUUUAUGAAUAAUGUACAUAGUUAUACUGAGGAAAAAACUCUGCUGCCCUUUUGUUGCUGCAUGAAGGUCCAGUUUUUCUUCCUCAUCCUUUGCUUGCAUUGAUUUAUUACUGUAAACCAUCAUUGUCAGUCAGGCAAAUGUAGCAAAAUAAAAACAUCUGAUUUCUUGGAA